GACCCGCUGGCGCACACGCCCUCUCGCUGGCGAUCGACUCUUUGUGGACUCUUGAUGAUCAAAACGACCAAAGAAUAAGAACGAUAUGAUAUGAGGGAGCUCUGUAAUCUAGGGUUUCCUCCACAAGUAUUAUCGUUUUGUUAAUAUUUUAUUUUGCAGAAAAUUCAAUAAAAAAACAUGGGAAAUAUAUUUGUGAAGAAGCCUAAGAUCACCGAUGUGGAUCGAGCCAUUCUCUCCCUCAAAACCCAGCGACGCAAGCUUGCUCAAUACCAACAACAGCUUGAUACUGUCAUUGAAGCAGAAAAACAAGCUGCUAGAGACUUGAUUCGUCAAAAGAGAAAGGAUAGGGCAUUGUUAGCAUUGAAGAAGAAGAAAACGCAAGAAGAAUUGCUGAAGCAAGUUGAUGCCUGGCUCAUUAAUGUCGAACAACAAUUGGCAGAUAUUGAACUAGCAAGCAAGCAGAAAGCUGUAUUUGACAGUUUGAAGGCAGGUACCAAUGCUAUUAAGGCUAUACAAAGUGAGAUAAACAUGGACGAUGUUCAGAAGUUAAUGGAUGAUACCGAAGAAGCUAAGGCUUAUCAAGAUGAAAUUAAUGCGAUAUUGGGUGAGAAAUUGUCAGCGGAAGAUGAAGAGGAUAUUUUGGCCGAAUUUGAGAACUUGGAAACUCAGAUGACCGUUGAAGAUAUGCCAGAAGUACCUACUAAAGGACUAUCUGAAGAACAAGAGCAUCUGGAUCUGCCUGAUGUGCCAACGAAAGCUCCAGUUGCUUCCAAUGUGGUUGCGGACGAUGCUGAAAUAGCUUCAGCUGAAGUGUCCACGAAGAAGAAAGUAUUAACAGAACCACUGCCCGCGUAGUUGAAUGAACUUCCAAACGAACUUCUAAACGAAAUUGCAACAUAGAGUCUUGUGAAGCUGCUAAGCAUUUUUGAUACACCAUUUGUUGGUGGCCUUUGUCAAUGCAUGUACUAAUUCAUUUGGUUUGUUUUUGUGUACAUUUUGGUUUGGUUUAGCUUUCACAAUUAUUCUCCAAAUAAGAUUUGUACAAAUCUGUAUAAUAUUUUAAUUUAUAUUGAGGCGUUACACAGCCUUUAUAUUCA